AUGGAGGAUUCAAGUACCACCAAUGGUGAAGACUGGAUUUGUAGGUUACCAGAUUCACUUCUUUGUCACAUACUCUCAUUUCUUUCACCAAAGGAAGCAGUUGGGACUAGCAUCUUGUCAAAGAGAUGGGAGAACCUAUGGAUUUCUGUCCCCAGUCUUUAUUUUUGUGACACCUUUACGACUGACUGUGGUAAUUACAUGAACAAGGCAAAUUGCUAUAUUGAUUAUGUAAACUGGGUUCUUGCUCAUCGUGAUGGAUUUGCCAUUGAAAAAUGCAAUCUCUCAAGCUACACAUUACAUGCAUCAGCACAUCUUUAUUCAUGUACUUGUGCUGUGAUUGCUUGUACGGUUCAAGAGCUAACAAUUAAGUCUGAGCUUUUCCGAGUAGGACAGUUGCCAUGGUGCCUUCUCACAUGCAAAUGCAAAACACUUGUGGUUUUAAAAAUUCAUGGAAGAUUUGUGCUCAACUUCCCAACAUUUAUUUGUUUGCCAAGACUUAAGUUCGUUUAUCUGAAUUCUGUUAUAUAUGGGGAUGAUGCUUCAAUGCAAAAGCUCUUUUCUAGUUGUCCCGUCCUUGAAGAUUUGGUCAUAAAGAGGCAUGACUGGGAUGGUGUGGGGAUUAUUCUGUUAUAUAUGGGAACUACUACCAAAUAUACUUCAGAGUUCACCCAAUCUCAAAGUUCUUAA